AACCACACACUGUCUACACGAGACAGGACGCCCGUUCGUCUACUUUUAACGUAAAAGUAUUUUUUUUAAUUAAAGGGCAAAAUGUACACGACGGAGCGCAGGCGGAUGAGCCUCCGCGAGACAAGGAGGCGGGACAACGAUUGGUUGUCGUCGGCUGGAAGUUUGUGGCAGGACCCGCUGGCCAUAGAGCUCAGCUCUCGAAACACCAAGCAGCACGUCGUCUCGCCGAGGAGCCGCGGCCGCCCAGUGACGGUGGUCUACAUCGCCAACGAGGAGGCGGCGGUGGUGGCGUCUUCCCCAGCCGAAGGGAACUUGCCUCUGGCGUGUCUAAAGGAAGCGUGCUCGGAGACCCGCGCCACCUUUAAAAGUAUCCCGUUUGAGAGGAUCUCCAUGGCGACCACAGACGUCCUAGAUAGUUUCUACAAUGCUGACGUUGCCGUGUUUGAGAUGAGUGACUCUUUCUGCCAGCCUUCCCUCUUCUACCACCUGGGAGUGAGAGAAAGUUUCAGCAUGACAAACAACAUCAUCCUGUAUCACUACAAAGACGACACAGACGUGCAAGCUGUCAAGGAGCAGUGUGGAAGUUAUACAUUCCUCCCUUACGUGGUGACGCCUCAGAGCAAGGCGUUUGCCUGUGAUGGCGGCGUGAUGACCGGCAUCAAAGAGCUGAUGCAGCCUAGCUUCCAACUGGACUCUCUGCUCACACCUCUGGUGGACAGACUGGUUUACAUGCUCAACAACGUACACGUGCAGUCCAGCGAGUACUUCCGUGAGUCCAUCAGGCACGACAUCCGCAUGGCUAGGGAGCGGUAUAGUGGUCAAGCCUUGAGCGAGGAGCUGAGCCGCAUCCAGAAGCGUCUGGACAGCGUGGAGCUGCUCACGCCUGACAUUGUCGUCAAUUUGCUGCUGUCCUACAGGGACAUCCAGAACUACGAUGCUAUGAUCAAACUGGUGGAGAUGCUGAACAACUUACCUAUGUGUCUCGUGGCGAAACAUCACAAUAUCAAGUUUCACUACAUAUUUGCUCUAAACAGGAGGAAUCAGCCAGGGGAUCGAGUAAAAGCUUUGGAGGAAAUCCUUCCCAUCGUGGAAUCGGGAGGCAGAGUGGUAUCGGAUGUCUACUGCCUGUGCGGUCGCAUCUACAAAGACAUGUUCAUCACCUCAGGCUUCACUGACCAGCACUGCAGAGAUCAGGCCUGUUAUUGGUAUGGAAAAGCCUUUGAGACGGAGCACACGCUUCACUCAGGCAUCAACAAUGUGGUCCUUCUCAUGGCGGCGGGACACGAGUUUGACACCUCCAUUGAGCUGCGCAAAAUAGGUGUGGCCAUAAGCACUCUGCUGGGCCGUAAGGGCAGCUUAGAGAAGAUGAAGGACUACUGGGAUGUGGGCUUCUACCUCGGCGCCAACAUCCUGGCUAAUGCACACAGGAAAGUCAUCGAGGCUUCAGAGAAACUCUACAAGCUAAAAGCUCCGAUAUGGUACGUGGCAUCCGUGAUGGAGACCUACAUUCUGUACCGACAGUUUGCCAAGCCUCCUGAGGUGAGGCCUCCCAAGCAGGACACAUUGGACUUCUGGAUGGAGCUUCUGUUGCAGUACUGCAAACCCAAAGUCUGCACUGACCAAUGCCCGGUGCUCAUUCUGGAGCCCAGUAAAGUCCUUCAGCCUGCUAGCGUGUCUGUGAGUGAUGGGGAUGAAAGCUGCACUGUCCAGUUGAAGCACGUCACCCCGUUUAAGCAGAAAGGCUUACAUCAGUGGACUUUCCCAGCUGCUGCAAUCCGGGGAGUGAGUGUGUCAAAGAUCGAUGAGCGGAGCUGCUUUCUGUAUGUCCACUACAACUCUGAUGACUUCCAGCUUUGCUUCCCCUCUGAGCUCCACUGCAAAGGUUUCUGUGACAUGGUCAACUCUCUGCUCCAUCAGGCUGAAGAUGCCUCUCAGGACCUCAGCCAUGUCACUGAAGGAAUACUCGAGUACGUCUAUGAGACCAACGAGAAUGGCGACAAAGUGGUUCUCGGCAAAGGGACGUACGGCGUAGUGUAUGCUGGGAGGGACAUGAGCAACCAAGUACGCAUCGCCAUCAAGGAGAUCCCAGAGAAGGACAGCACUUAUUCCCAGCCUCUCCACGAGGAGAUCCGGCUUCACAAGAGGCUGAAGCACAGGAAUAUUGUCCAGUACCUGGGCUCCGUCAGUCAGGACGGUUUCAUCAAGAUCUUCAUGGAAGAAGUACCAGGAGGAAGUUUGUCAUCCCUGCUGCGCUCCAAGUGGGGUCCUCUGAAGGACAACGAGGCCACCAUCAUCUUCUACACCAAGCAGAUCCUGGAGGGGCUCAGAUAUCUCCAUGACAACCAGAUAGUUCACAGAGACAUCAAGGGUGACAAUGUGCUGAUCAACACUUAUAGUGGCGUUUUAAAGAUCUCCGACUUUGGAACCUCCAAGAGGUUAGCUGGGAUCAACCCCUGCACGGAGACGUUUGCUGGAACUCUUCAGUAUAUGGCGCCAGAGAUUAUAGACCAAGGGCCUCGGGGGUACGGCAAGCCGGCUGACAUAUGGUCCCUGGGGUGCACCAUCAUCGAAAUGGCAACAGGCAAAACCCCCUUUCAUGAGCUGGGAAGUCCACAGGCAGCCAUGUUCAAGGUUGGGAUGUUUAAGAUCCACCCCAAGGUACCAGAGAGUAUGUCAGACAAGGCCAAGAGCUUCAUCAUGAACUGUUUCGUGCCCGAUCCAGACGACCGGGCCACAGCCACCGAUCUGCUCAUAGACACCUUCCUCAGUUCGGCUCCCAGGAAGAAGAACAGGCCGAUGCAGGAUUCUGACCCUGAAGACGUUUCUGCUGGCGACUACCAGCGCAGCCUAUCAGUGCCAGUCUCCAUCCUGGUGGAGGACACAGACUCAUACUCGGAUUCGAUAGACUUGUCCUGCUCCCUGGACUUCAGGAGUACACAGUCCGCUUUCAGAGCACACAUCUCUGAGAGCCCACCCAUCAACGGACAAUUCCUGCCCGUCCCGGAAGAGUCCCCUCUGGACAUGAGCAGCCCCGCGUCCACAGACGAAAACAUCGGUCUGUUCAUGCUGAGGAAGGACAGUGAGAGGAGAGCCACGCUGCACCGAGUGCUCACUGACUACAUCUCCAACGUUGUGGCCAACAUACAGGAAGCCGUGCCUCAGUACGGUGAGGGCUCUUCGCUGACGGAGGAACACAUCACUAAGCUCAUCUGCUGUUUGCGAGACAACAUCUGCUCCCCAGACAGGAAGCAGCUGACCAGCAAUCUGCUGGACCUCAGAGCAACACUACUUUCCACCGCAGUGCCCCAAAACGGCCUGCAGGCGGCGCUGUUCAGCUUCCAGGACGCAGUGAAGAAAGUGUUGAGGCAACAGCAAGUGAAACCUCACUGGAUGUUCGCGCUGGACAAUCUGCUGAGACAGGCUGUGCAGGAUGCCAUCACUGUGCUUCUUCCAGAACUGAAGCUCCAGUUGCAGUCAUCAUUCGAGACAGAGGACAGCACUCCAGAAGAGCAGCCCCCUGUCCCAAAUGGCAACCUGCUCAACGAAACGCCACACUCUGACCAGUCAGAAUCUGUGGACGAGGCAGUCUUGGCGACUUCAGAUUCACUCCUAGACAGCAACUGUCCCCUAAGCGACGAACUGAGAGACCUCCGAAUAGAGACCAGAAGACUGCUAAGGCUGUUGAGUGACAAGGAGAGAGAAUACCAGGACCUCCUGCGGACCUCAGUCCAGCAGAAACAACACCACAUUGAUGCUCUGCGGAGAGACUCUUCAGGUGACUCCACUCCACAGACGAGAUGUGACCCGGACGUAAAGGACAUGGUGCGAUGGCUGGAGGCCGUCCCUGUGGAUCACAACACUGUUGACAAGUUGGUGGCUCACGAGUUCACCUUGGACUGUCUCCUCCGCAUGGCCUGCAGGGAUGACCUCAUGUACUCUGGAAUAAGAGGCGGUAUGCUGUGUCGCAUCUGGGCGGCCAUUACAGCUCAUAGGAAGUCUCAGCACAACAUACACCACCAGGACAGUGAUGGCGCUCUACUUUAACGGGACACUUUCUGUAGUGAACAGGCUGGUCCUGUUGCUUUUCACACAUUUGAAUAUAAAAAAAACGGAGAUGCUGCAUGUUAUUUUAUUUUUUACUACAUCCUUAAUACAAAACUUGUAUUGAAAAUUGAUAAUUUUUACAUCAAAUGAAUAUUUUGUCUAAGAGAGUAAGUUAUACAUUCAUAUUUGUUGAAUACACUUCAAAAGUGGUCAGCAGGAACACUUCUAUGCUUAUUUGCUUUGACAGUGCUGUAGUAGAACACACGUGUAUGUGUUCAA